AUGACUAGUUGGACUAGUGUGUGGAAGCCCAUAUUUGUUAAUCGGAGCAAUAGGCCUAUUCUCGGGGAGAACGAGCAUAAUGUAUUUAUAAGAGAUCAUGUUGGUCUCUAUCAAGGUAAACAAAAGAUAACGAAUCGACAGAACGGUCGAGUUUAUUUAACUAACAAGAGAGUCAUAUAUUUAGAUAAUGAGAGAACGGAAAACUCUAUGGGCUUAGAUAUAAAUGACAUUAAAUAUUCCACUUUAAUAGAUCGAUUUUUAAAGUCUUCUCCGAAAGUUAAGUUAUUCAUAAGAGAAGACUUGAAGAACUCUCUGCAGCAGAACAUUGAAGACCAACCGGCAGUUGCAGAUUGGGUUUGUAUGAUUUGCUCAUUUAACAAUCACAUAUCCGUUAAUGCAGAUGUUGACAAAGAGAUACCUCCCUGUGUUUCCUGUGGUAUAAGACCGUCGAAGGCCUUAAUUUUGAAGGCCAUACUGAAGAAAACUGAAACUCAGGCGCUUCCAAAGGUUGACAAUCAGUGUCCGAAGUGUACAUUUAUGAAUCAUCCUUCAUUGUCAUAUUGUGAAAUGUGUGGCACUAAACUAAUCUCUGCAGUUCCAGAGGCACUACAUCAACGACUUUAUCAAAAAGACUCAAAUCGUGAUUUACAAGCCCUGCAAACUAAUAAUAAUUUGAAUAUCUCUCUUCAAGGUGAUGUGGAAUCUUACACGGAUGAAAAACCUUACAUAAAACUUAGCUUCAGAAAGGGGGGAGAAGUAGAGUUUUACAAUCAUAUGAAGGAUGUUAUAGAGGAAUUGAAAUGGCAAAGGUUGACUCAAAAAGGAUCAGUUAAUCAAAAUGGAAUAAAAGUCGAUAAAAGCGAACCAGAACCUCAAAGAAUAAAAGGUGGUGGUAUUCAUGGUUUAGAACAAAUAGGGGAACAAAAAAGGCGACAAAAUGAAAUAAUUUUGAGUAGCUCACUUGAUGACCUUGAGCAAUUGAUGUACAAAUACCUGGAUUUGCUUAACUUAUCAAGUUCAUUUAGCAAGCUUGUUAACAGAAAAUCUCUCAACGUUGAUCUAAUACAGCCUUUUAAUGUGAAGAAAUCGUCUAAUAUAUAUUAUAAAGAGCUAUCGAGACAUAUUAGUGAAUAUUUAACGAACUACGAGCUUACAAAAAAUUCUUCAAUGAUUACUUCUCAAGAUCUUUUUGCUAAUAUCAACAGAUUUCUUGUCUUGACCCUGGGUUUUGGAUCUGAACUAAUCACGCCUGAUGAUUUCAACAAAGCAAUUGAAUUGUUUGAGCCGCUUGGUUUGCCAAUUGUUGUCACUAGAUAUGAGAAGUCUGGCCUUGUGGUAUUAUGCCUAAAAACAGAUAUGGAUUAUAGUCUGUUUAUUGUUAAGCACUUAAAGGAGCUGGAGGAGAGUUUCAAAUACAACAAACUCAAGGUUGAAAUAUUAUUGCAACAGGAUGAUGACAACUAUUUGAAAGAAGAGUUCAAUUAUUUCAAAGGCGAUACGAUAUCAGGUAUAUCUGGGGCUUUAAACUGGUCCUACAGUAUUACUGUCGAGGAAAUUGAGAGCUGCGUCGCAUCUGGAUCAAUAGUUGUGGAUCAUAAUAUUCAGGGUACAUUCUACUUUAUCAACAGAUUUGGCGAAGACUAUGAGGAUAACGAAGAUGAUGAUGAAAAUCUAAGAGCAGAAAUAAAGUCGAACUUGAUGGAGGAGCAACGAGCCAUCACCCAAAAAUUAAAAACACAACAUGCAAUUAACAAUCAACUAAUUGAUCUCACCCCUAACUAUGACUUCGGCAUCGUGCAACCAAAUGAUGUUCCCCUGCAUACAGUUUCUCUGCAGUCUUCUGCGAGUGUCUCUCUCAACGAUCUCAAAGGAUUACAGUUGUAG